AUGUGUCGACUGCUGGGAAACCUCCUCCUCCUUGGCGGACUGCUCCUCUGGGGUUCGGCCACAGUUUCAGCUGAUCACCCGAUCAGAAGGCAAGCUGCUGAGACAACGGCAACCCCAACCUCGACGGCGGCGGCCAAGGUCACGGCGAUAUCAGAAUGUCAUCUCCAUGAAACAGUACAAUAUUGCAUGGUUGGUACCACAGAGUAUCGUGUCAUGGAAACAAUGACCGCGACUACGGGGCUGCCGUCCUCAUACACUGCUUGCCAUAGCCACGGCAGCGAUACUUAUUGCAUUUCCCCCGAUGGCGGAGAGGUCGAGAUCGUCCUGGCAGCCGAGGCUGGAGCCGCCAAACCACCAGCGGUGCAAACUGCCAAGCCCAGGGGUUCGAGCAUUACGGCGGUCUCCGAAUGCCAUACCCACGGCUCGUCCUUGUUCUGCAUGGCUGGCGAGAGCGAAUAUUACAUCAUGACCACUGUCACAGCCACUUCGGACAUCCCGCCAGCCUACACGGGCUGCCACAGCCAUGGCUCUGACACGUUCUGCAUCUCGCCCACGGGUGAUGACGUAGAAAUUGUCCCCGCAGAGCAAGCCGGGGAGGAAGACGCAGGGGAGCCAGAGGGCGAGAACUGCCACUUCCAUGCUGGUGUCGAGCACUGCGUUGGCGGUUCGCAUGAGAGUGGUGCGCGGAGCUGCGAGCGGAAAGACCGCAACUACAAUGUCCGUCUCAGGGUGGGAAUGCUAUUCGUCAUUCUGGCCACGAGCGCAAUCGGAGUCUUUGGUCCUAUCCUGCUCACGUCGAUCUUUCCACGGAAGCUGGCCAUCCUGUUUUCCACCUUGAAGCAGUUUGGUACAGGUGUCAUCAUCUCCACUGCCUUCGUCCACCUGCUUACCCAUGCCAACCUCAUGUUCGAGAACGAGUGCCUCGGCGAGCUCAAGUACGAGGGAACGGCCGCCUCCAUUCUCAUGGCCGGCCUCUUCCUCUCCUUCCUGGUUGACUACGCUGGCCAGCGUCUCGCGCGGUGGCACGCCGCCAAGAAGACGACCAGCCUCGACGGCGGCUCCCCGUCGCAGGUCACGACGUCGACCGAGCUGGUCAACGUCACCUUGUUGGAGGCUGGCAUCAUCUUCCAUUCGCUGCUAAUCGGCGUCACCCUCGUCGUAGCCGGCGACUCCGUCUUCGUGACCCUGACCAUCGUGAUCAUCUUCCACCAGAUGUUCGAGGGCAUCGCCCUCGGCACCCGCAUCGCCGCCCUCGGCCAGGGCAGCAACUCGCUCGCCGCCGUGGCCGCGGGCGCCUCCCACCACGGACACCACCACCACCACCACACAGCCGCCGCUUCCGGGCCGGGGGAGCCGAGCAGCCCGCCGCCGGAGGAGGAGACCAAGCGGGCGGGCCCGGCCGUGUCGACGGCGCGGAAGCUGCUGCUCGCGUCGGCGUUCGCGGUCGUCACGCCCAUCGGCAUGGCCAUCGGCAUCGGCGUGCUGGGGAGGUUCAACGGCAACGACCCGUCGACCAUCAUCGCGCUCGGCACGCUGGACUCGCUGUCGGCGGGCAUCCUCGCCUGGGUCGGUGUCGUCGAGAUGCUGGCCGAGGACUGGAUGCCCGGCGGCGAGCUGGCCGGCGCCGGCCUGCUGGCGACGAGUCUUGGCAUGACGGGCCUCGUGAGCGGCAUGGUGGUCAUGAGCGUGCUCGGGAAGUGGGCUUGA